ACAUGAGCCUGGAGAACAAGUUUACAGACUUCUGUUUCAGAGCCGUGGGGGACAGAGCAGCUGAGAGCGCAGAGAGAAACCAGAAGCACCUGCAGACACACUUGCCUCUUCAGGCACAACUUUUUUUUUCCUCCAUCAUUCUCUGACACUGGUCAGUACUUCUACCUCUUUUUUUGACUUUUGGCGCAGUUUUCUGAACUUUUUGUUUUCUUCAUGUGCCUGUGAGUGAACACUAAAAGCCGCCAGAAUGUACAGUAUGAUGGAAACCGAGAUCAAGACCCCGCUCCCGCAGUCCAACUCGGCGCAGGGCGCAAAGAACAACAGUGCCAGCGACCAGGAGCGCGUGAAGCGGCCGAUGAACGCCUUCAUGGUGUGGUCCCGGGGACAGCGGAGGAAGAUGGCGCAAGAAAACCCUAAAAUGCACAACUCUGAAAUCAGCAAGCGACUUGGCGCUGACUGGAAACUUCUGACCGACGCAGAAAAGAGACCAUUUAUCGACGAGGCCAAGCGUCUGCGCGCGAUGCACAUGAAGGAGCAUCCGGAUUAUAAAUACCGUCCCCGCAGGAAGACCAAGACCUUGCUUAAGAAAGACAAGUAUUCUUUGCCCGGGGGACUGUUGCCGCCCGGAGCCGGUGCCGUCAACAACUCGGUGUCGGUGAGUCAGCGGAUGGACGGUUACGCGCACAUGAACGGCUGGACAAACAGUGCGUACUCGCUGAUGCAGGACCAGCUGGCCUACCCGCAGCAUCACAGCAUGAACAGCCCGCAGAUCCAGCAGAUGCACCGGUACGAGAUGACGGGCCUCCAGUACCCGAUGAUGUCCUCGGCGCAGACCUACAUGAACGCCGCCUCCACGUACAGCAUGUCCCCGGCGUACACGCAGCAGACCAGCAGCGCCAUGGGACUGAGCUCCAUGGCGUCCGUGUGCAAGACCGAGCCCAGCUCGCCGCCUCCGGCCAUCACGUCCCACUCUCAGCGGGCGUGUUUGGGGGACCUGCGGGACAUGAUAAGCAUGUACCUGCCUCCCGGCGGAGAGAGCGCUGAGCACUCGUCCCUGCAGAGCAGCCGGUUACACAGCGUCCACCCGCACUAUCAGAGCGCAGGGACUGGCGUCAACGGGACGCUACCUCUCACCCACAUCUGAGAGCAACAACACAAAGAAAAGACUAAAAACUUUUUUCCACAAAAAAAGUACUUCGGAUACUUGAACUUUUUUUGGUUGCUUAAAAAAAAGAAAGAAAGAAAGAAAAGAAAACAGCGUUCAAACAGUUUUGUUUAAACAAAAACACACACAUAAACUCGCAUCUCCUGUUUGAGUUGUCCAUUUAAAAAAAAUAAUAAUGAAAUCUUUUUUUAAAAAAAUGGAUCGAAACUGAACCUUUGAGCCCAUCAGAGUAAAUUUGGGCGUUUUAUCACAAGUUAAAGCAAUCAACACAUGUAGAAGAAUUGUCCUUCUAUAUUUUAAAUAAUGCCAUAUUUUCUCUCUAUGAAAAGGCAUGUGGCCUCGUGGAGAGGCUGGUGUAUUUCAGAAAAAAAACAAAAAAAAAACUGGAUGGAAAGUUGGUUCAUAUGUGUUUACACUUAAUUUGUAGAAUGUCAGUUUGUCUCGAGUCCCAAAAUGUUUAUUUUGUAGUCUCUUCUCUUUUGAUUUCCUCCUCCCUCAUGACUUUGACUAGGUUUAAAUGAAAUGUUAAGACUGUGCGGGUCGCAAACGCAAAGUUUUAUUUAUAGUACUAUUAUUUUCUUUUCUUUUUCUUUGUUUUUUUUAGCUUGUGAACCCGAUGUUUUUGUCCCGUGAAAGAUUUCUCAAAUUUUGUUUUUGUAAAAAAAAAUAUUGUUUUGUUCUGUGAUGUUUUUUUGUUGUUUUUUUUUGACAGUGUCAUGUUUACUCAUUAUCCCCGAACGAAAAAGUUUAUUUAAACUGACGUUUCUACAUAUUUUAUGACCAUCCUCUAUUCUUAAAUGCUGAAUAAAUUUGUACGAAACUUAA